CACUCCCAGCCAAACUUCCUCCAGGGGCAAGGUGGGGGACGGCGGCCCAAAAAUCCCCCCGCCCCCCCGCCCCAAGCCGGCCUGAGAGAUGCUGUAGGGCAAAUCAGCCCCCCCAAAGCCUCGCUAGUCACCCCCAUUUCCCUUGCCCCCUCCUGUCCCCAUCGCGCUGCCGGACGCUGGAUCCGCGACCCUCGCCCGCCUCCCCCCGCGGCCCCGGGGCUCAAGGUGUGGAUCCCUCUCCCGUGCCGGCCGGGGCUGUGACCUCCCACCAUGGGGGUUAAGGCGAUGCUCCCCAGCUACGAGCUGGGGUUUUACGCCCUCGUGGUGACCUGUGCCGUGCUCUACAGCGGCAGCGGCAUCUUCGAGGCAUCCCGAGACAGCAUGAACAGAAAGGCCUUUCGGGAUGGCAUAAAGCCAGGCUGGCACUACUUCGGCAGGAAGAUGGACGUGGCUGAUUUUGAGUGGGUGAUGUGGUUCACCUCGUUCAGGAACAUCAUCAUCUUCGCCCUCUCAGGACACGUCCUCUUUGGCAAGAUCUGCUCCAUGACCGUGCCACAGCACCGGGCUGUGAUGUACAUGAUCUACGGGGUCCUGGCUGUGCUGGGCAGCAUGGGGCUGGUCUACCUGAUGAUCAUCCUCUCCCACUGCCUGCUCCUCUACUCGGUGGCCCUGGCCAAGCAGAAGUGGCUCUGCUACGUGGCUGGGCUCUGCUGCCUCGCCUCCUUCAAGGUGGAGCCCUUUGGCUCGUGGCAGAGCGGGUUUGUGACGGGAGCCUUUGAUCUCCAAGACGUCCUUUUCUACGGAGGAUGCACCUUCACCAUCAUGCGCUGCAUGAGCUUUGCCCUCGAGAGCUCCCAGAAGGAAGAGGGCAUCUACUCCAUCUUCGACCUCCUCAAGUACAACUUCUACCUCCCAUUCUUCUUCUUCGGGCCUGUCAUGACGUUUGACCAGUUCCACGCCCAGGUGAGCACCCGAGAGCUGAGGCGCAAGGACGACGAGAUGAAGAGCAUUCGUGUCAAUGCCCUGCUCCACGUGGGGGCCAUCGUGGCUGUGGACAUCUUCUUCCACUUCUUCUACAUCCUCACCCUCCCUUCUGACCUCAAGUUCGUGAACCGCCUCUCGGACUGGUCCUUGGCUGGCCUGGCCUACUCCAAUCUGGUCUAUGACUGGGUGAAAGCUGCUGUCAUGUUUGGGGUCAUCAACACCAUUGCCAGACUGGACCACCUGGACCCACCCCAGCCCCCAAAAUGCAUCACCAUGCUCUACAUCUUUGCCGAAACGCAUUUUGACAGAGGGAUUAAUGACUGGCUGUGCAAGUACGUGUAUGACCACAUUGGAGAGAACCACGACAACAUCCUGAAGGAGCUGGUGGCCAGCAUCACCACCUUUGCCAUCACCACGCUGUGGCUGGGGCCCUGCCAGGUCGUUUACAUCUGGUCCCUCGUCAACUGCUUCGGCCUCAACUUCGAGCUCUGGGUGCAGAAGUUCUUCCAGCUGGGGCCCUUUGCCAAGCUGGAGGCCAAGCUGUCAGGGGCCAUGUCUCGGCGGAUCAGGGCAGCUUUUGGGGCAGUGAACUUCUGGGCCAUCGUCCUCUACAACAUCCUGGCCCUCAACAGCCUGGAGUUUGCACUGCUGGUGACCAAGAGACUCCUGGUGAUGGGUUUUCCUGAGAGCACCUUGUCCAUCUGGUUCAUCACCUACUGCGGCGUGCAGCUGAUCAAGGAGCGCGAGCGCAUCCUGGCCAUCCAGGAGGAGGAGAAGGGGGACAAGGCAAAGGUGGAGUAGGGGAGGCACCACAGGCUUGUCCUGAAGCCUUGGUCUCCCUUCCAGCCACUGCUGCCAGGCCAGCCACUGGCCAGGGCUCUCCAAGCCCUCCUGACAAUCGGACUGCUGUAGCUCAUCCACGUAGAAGUCACCUGGAAGGCACAGGUCACCCCCUUGCUGCAGGAAAGAUUUUCCAUCAGGCACAGUGGGUGUUUCACAAUCUCCCCAGGUGUGGCAGGAUGCUGAGGCAGCUCCCAGGAUAUUUCUUCCAUGCCAGAGCCAUCCCUGUUGUUUUUCUGGCCCUCUGACAGUGCAGGCCCAGAGAUUUCAGCCCCUGCUUGGUGCACGAGCACUGGGCUCCCCCUCAGCCUCCCAGAGGAGACUCUCCAGGCCCCGUGGCUCGAGGUUUUAGGGCCCUGCACUGCUGGAUCCGAGACUGAUGUGGCCUCCACGACCACCCUGCUGUGACACACGUGUCCUGGGACUCAAGCCAAAUCCCACCUCAUUUUUUUUUACAUGCUGUGGACAAAGGUCUAAGCUCACAUUCCUGCCCAUGGCUGAGGGACAGAAGGUGCUGUAGCCACCCCUUGCUCAUCUCCAGCCACCCAUCCCUUUCCUCAGCUGCCCACAGCUGUAGGGCUGAGCGAGCACACGGCUGAAUGCGAUCAAAGGAGAAAAACCCAAAUCAAAGGAGAAAAAUCCCUGAAGGGCAGGGAUUGGGGCUGGGGGGUGGAGGGAAAGCCCAUGGGAGACUCCUUGGAGAAUUAAGACUUUGGGAGUGUGUGAAACACGGUGCCUUGGGGGAAAGGUGGGUUUGUGACACAGAAAUAGCUCUCUCUUGCACUUUAGAGUAACUCUCAGUGGCCUUAUCUCUGAGUUUUGUGGCUGUCUGGGGGUAGGAUCCACACCCCUCUGCAACGGGGCUUGAGACGCUUGGUGCAUCCCUGUGGGUGAAGCAGGAUGGGUUCCUAGCCAGCUUUCAGCUCUGCCAAAGUAAUUUGUGAAGUCCCUGGUAAAUGUCUCUUAUUUAUGUAGCCAAUAAAUGUUGGAUAACUCUGGCA